AUGNNGUUCGGAGACUACCAGAAAGAGCCAGAGGAACCGUAUGUUGGAACCGAGGCGUAUCCAGAAGCCAUCUACAACUCCUGGGAUCCUAAUUGGCGAGGUUUCGUCGGCACUGCUUUCAUCAUCGGCCUGGAAGAAUUUCCACAUCUGCUCUGUGAGAACGUGACCAAUCUCAUGCUCGAGUCUCUCCGUAAUGCAACUAUCGGCGAUUCGUAUCGCGUUGGUGGUGUAGACGAUGACAACCUGUAUCCAGCUUACAGCAAUCCGUCGAUCAUGCGAGCCUUCGUAUCAGGCUGGACCGGACGUCGUCUGAACGACUCCAACUUCACUAUGGCUGGCGAACGAUAUGGUCAAGACAUUGUUGAUUUGUUUACCCGUGCUGAUACUCUCUCAGAGUUCAACAGUGGCACGUAUACAGGCGUUUCACUCUUCGGCUUAACGCUUUGGGCCAAAUACCUUCCCGCCGACUCUGUUAUGAGUUAUGGUGAACGAAUGAUCAAAUCUACGUUAGAUGCGGUCUCGAAAUUGUGGAACCCUUCGUUGAGGAAUAUGGCUGGCCCAUGGGACCGCAGUUAUGGCUUCGAUAUGAACCGCUAUUUCAGUCUGAUGGCUCUGUGGUUCUGGAUUGCCAUUGGCAAAAGUGGUUCUGGAUUACCAUCGCAUCCUCAAGUCAUGUCCCACAGCGCUGACUUUGCGUUUGGUCCUCUGUUUGCCAUACUUGGCGAGUUUCAAUCAUCAUUGAUCUCUGAAGACGUCUUGAAAGCGUUGAAAGACUUCUCCGGCGAGCAUACUUUUACAUCCUCCACCUUCUCUCCGCCCUUCGAUACUUAUCCACGGAACAUCACUAGUUGGCUCGCUUCAAACAUUAGCAUUGGGGCUGAGACGUUCGAUGAGAACGUCGUUGGUGGCCCGGCAAUCAACCCGAGUACUUUCAACCCUGCUGUCAUCCAGUGGAAUACUGGUGCUGGUAUUGGUUUUAUCACACUGUACGCCAGUGAAAACGCAACUACAGCUGUCGUCUCUNNCCCUCACCGUCUCGAACUGUCCUACCCGUACGGCAACAGCUCCUCAAUCUUCAGCUUGCUUGUCUCAACUUUCGCCAAUAGGCGAAACGUUGCUAGCUGGAGUGACAUUCAAGGUGCAAACGUCAACGUCACGACCAAUGCGAACACAUCGUAUGCAAUCACCUUUGCAGGUGCGUACGGUGGUCAAGACAAGGUCAUCAACGAUUUCGAAUACUGGAAUAUUAGCUAUACUAUGCCUAGCAAUUUUACAGGUGUUCCGAGAUUGGUUCUGGAUAUUGAGCUGUGGGAAGGUCAGGAGAGGCGCUUAGGGUAA